GCGAUGGACGGCAGUAGGUUCCGGAACUGGGGGCCUAGGAGAAAUUUAAAUCUUGAGGAAUCGGAAUAUAACGAAGUGAUACAGAUGAGGAGAUAUUACACGUGUUCUGUGUUCAUUAUGGUUACAACUGCCCUGCUCGUUGUAAUACUAUGCGUGUGCUCAACAGACUCCAAGGAGCCCGGCUCCUCGUCCAACACAAACAGCUUGAACUGUCCGGAUGGCACUGUACCAUGUGACACCUCCGACGUGUGCGUCAACCGCACAAAAAUCUGCGACCACGUCGACGAUUGUCCGGAUGGAUCUGAUGAACAGUCCAAAUGCGAUGAAUACCACAAUCAGUAUUUUCAAACAUUGUAUGAAAAACGGCCAGAGGCUGACAGAAAAGAGGAAUCCCGUGAAUGUGUGUUGUCCGCUAUUCCUAAACAGUGCGAGUGCAAGAGUAAGACUCAUCUAUAUUGCGAAAACCAACAGUUAUCUGGAGUGCCCAAACACAUACCAUGGAGAGUCACCCAACUCGGCAUUAGUGGAAAUAAAAUCCAAUCAGUCACAGUACAAGACUUCCGGAACUUGACGGAGCUUGUCGAACUGUUGUUCAAGUACUCAUCUCUGCAGCAGAUCAGGAACGGAACGUUCAGACAUUGUCGGAAACUGACCGCAGUGUAG